CUCAAGCUCACUGCACGGAAACUUGCCGAAUAUUCAGUUUGCUUGUACAAGGCGGACACCAAUGUAUUGUCCUGAAAAUGGACAAAAGAAAAGGUCACUAGAACAGACGAUUUUUUCAAAAGCGCUGAUAGACCACCGGUCAUAUCCAGACGAACUGUGGCGAAACUGUGGAUUUUAAGUUUAGAAAAUGUCUUUGAAGUACAAAAAAAAACAAAACAAAAAACAGGCACAAAACAAAAUAACAGCCGGUAACAAAACAAUUUGCCAGAAUAUCUUCUCAUUGCAAAGUGAAUACGAUCACAAUGACAAAUAUCCGUCCCUGACAAUAGCAUUAUAGAGGGGAAUGAAUGGGGUGUAACUGAUGAAUUUAGCAGAAUUAUAAACUCAAAGCUGACAAACAGAAAGGAAGAUUCGAACGAAAACUGAAACCGCGCACGAAAGGCCUCUGUCACCCAAACUAUAAGUGAUCGGUGUUACAAUGUAAUCGAGGGGAAAAGCACGUGCUGAACCUUUUCAGUGGGCAACAGAAACAAUGCACAUGGCUCUGAGACCUGAUAACAGCUGUUACAAUAAUAAAACAACAGCAGUUUUCAAGAGCUCCUACACUUCUGGAGUUUCAGCCGUGAGCCUUGACUUGGGAGGUGAGACUUCAAAUCAAAGCUUUCACCUGAGAUCAUAUUUUCCUUAAUUCUCAUUUCACUUGUGAAUCAAAACAACCACGUUGGCAAAUCAUAUCCUAAUACGUAGUUCAAAAAUAAUCUUUCUGGCGAGAAAAGUAUCUACAGUUUCCACAAUAAGAAAGCAAGUUCUCGGGGGCCGAAUGAACUGGACGUUUAGCUAAUAAGCAAUGACAGACACAACAUGGCAAGCCAAUGAUGGCCAAAAAUAACACUUUUACGUGCUCGAAGAUUUGGAACUGCCCCCAAACGUGAUGACCUUAAACCCCAAAAGGGAUUUGUGUGUGAGGGUGUAGGGCGGGAGGAGAGGUACUUUCCGAAACAUUUGGCGAGGGAGUGUUUAUACAGAGUUAGACCAAAUGUUUGAUUUUCUGUGCGCUAUUACAGACCUUUAAAAUCAUAUUAGUACACGUCUCUAAACAAGGCCUCAGGUACUCAGGAGAACGGCGUCAAAUUAAUAACGGAGAAACGUAAUAAUUCCCGGCCAAAGUGCAAAAUAAAUACUAUUUUAUACCAGCAAUUUUUAAAUUUAUUCUCCUUUAGACUAAUGCGGCUAAAAAACCAUACCCUUUAGUACCUGCACAUCACUAUAUGGCUAAAUAAUAAAGGUAUCCCCCGCUCCGAACCUCAAACACCAGUGUGGCAUAACAAGCAGAAAAAAAUCUGCUCAGAUUGUUUUCAUCGAGACAGUGAAUAAUGAGCCAAAAACGGACGAUUGACCAAGUUUUCAGCCCAUUUUUGGACUGACCGAUAGUGGAAAUAAAUCAGGGAAUUCAACAGCACCUAAAAAUUUAUUGCACAGUUUGACAGCUUUCAUAAGCACUGAAAACAGUGAAACUUUUUUUUCGUGGCAGAAUGCCAGACUGUUGCCGUGAUAUGAAUUCAGGGGAGUGGUGCGUUGAGUCGAGUAUUCGGUAUCACAACACACUUAACGAACAACAAACAGUGUUUCCCGGAUCUACUGAAAUAUCAAAAAACAGCAGGAGCCUUGGUGACGAUUGAAGAAAUAUAAAAUGACAACACUUAGUUGUUCAGUUUACACUUUUAAUAUCGACGAGGGCGGGAUUAGGAGACACCGGUGGAGAACAUGCUACAGCUUCCCUAUACAGCUUUCAUUGCAUUUGUCUAGAGUUUGUUUAUUUAUUUAUUCAUUUGAUUUCAACGGACAUUUUUGUCUUUCUGGAAUUUAAUGUCCCGACAUUUGCAUACCACCGGCUCAUCAAGCAACAAAGAACUUGUAAUUUUGUGAUCCCGAGGGAAAACCCGCGUCUCAAAAAGCUCCUCGCUUCGACUAGGUAGAUAACUCAUUCCUCAUGUUUACAUUUUGAUCAUUCUUAGACGUUAUCGACCGAGAUAACACCUAAACACCCAAUGAUCUGACUGAAUUUAUUCUCCAAAUACACUCAUGUUGAUGCUGAAAUGCUAUAUGUACACAAACAAGACCAGGCGACCGCCACGGAUGACGAUCCUUCAGACAUGCUGGUUUCUAUGUUUCCACACCGCAAGGAUAAAGAGAAAAUCCUUCUCUCAGUGCAUUUUUUUUUUCCUGUAUAAGAUGAAUAAGUAUUAAAUAUUCGCCACUGAAAUAUAGCAGACCUUCUAAUCUCACACGAAAAUGACCCUUACUUCAUGGUCAUGUGACACUUGUUAAUAUGACAUAUGCCAUCUAGGGGUCUUUAUACACAUCAAGCUCAGCUCAUGCAAUUAAGUCGACAAAUCCUUCUGUACAUAUUGUACAGCACCAUUCAAAGUCAACGUUUCGGAGUUCCACGAGGGUUGUCUAUCCUCAACGGGAAACCCUUUACAGUGGCAAUCUUGCCAAAGGGAUUUUUUAAAAAUAUAUGUGUAGAUAUCUCGAACAAAAACAAGCGACCUGCCGGGAAGCAAUACUAUUACUAACAACAUGGCGUUUUACAUUCAAGGCACUACCGCCAUUCGUAAGAAAUUGGCUACUUUAAAAAGCAAGAUACAGGCAGCGGAUAAAAGAGCAGAGAAGGCCAAAGAAAGCCUGCAUCAUGUGGAAGGAAGUUUCAAUAGAACUAUGGGCUUGAAAGCGAAAUUGGAAGAUCAAAUCUGCAAGCGAGACUCGCAACGGGACAGAAUCGAAACGCUUAUCGCCAGCCUACAAAGCAAAUGGAAAGCGCUGAUUCGAUUUCGCGAAGAGACAAAUAACACCGGGCCCAAAGAGAAACAUGGUGGCCAACACACUCGCGAAAUCGAUACGAAGAUUGCGACAUUCACAAAGCAAGCGAAAAUCGCUGAGAGGAAAUAUAAAGCGAGCGUUGACAGAGAACACGCUUUGCUCGGAAAAACGGUAAGGGCUCGAGAACGGUGCACACGUUCAGAGACAAGCACAAGGGAGCUACAUGAACAAUUAUUAGAUAUGCAGGAACGAGUGUACGUCUUGGAACAGCGGCAACGAUCUCGAAACGCUCGUGAACUGCAAAUCGAACUCUUGGAGGACAAGGUAAAGCGAACGCUUGCACGAGCUCAAGAACGCGAAAACUUGGAAGCUUAUCUCGAGAAUCGAAUCAUAGACUUGGAAGAUCAAAUCGAAAUGUACACACAGAGAAAGAAGCGGGCGUUAAGUGUUCUUGCCGAAAGAGACAAUCACAAGUCGAUGGAACCGUGGACGAUAACAUUGUGGCUUCGAAGAUCUAGUCUUGUUAAUGGCACGUCAAUUUCCAAUUUCGUUAACUCAAACGGCAGAACCGCAAAAGAUGAGAAAAUCCUUUAAUCUUAAAAAUCCGUCGACUUAUCUACACAAAGAGGAUUAACGCCCAAAGACAUAUAAAAAUGUCCAGCCGCGAGUGUGUUUUAUUUUGAUUUUGAUAUCUCAAGAGAAUGCGAGUGUCGCCUAUCUUGUCAAAAUGUCCUACAACAGCGCCGAAGAAAAAGCUAAUUUGAUGUAAAUCCAUGCUUUAUUGCACUCAUUCGGUGUAAAAUAAGAUCCUGAACCAUGACGUGAUCAUUGAAAUAAAAAGCUAAUGACUCUGCUAACUCGACGUCGCUCAAGUGUGAUAUUUUCCGUGUGUUUUCUGAAAGACCUGGAACUCUGUGACCCUACAAGCUUUUGAAAUUCUUGUUCCUCCAAAGAAGAAAUUUAAUGCAUCGACGACAAAUGCAGACUGCAAGAACAAAUGCUCACCAGGACAAGAAAAACAAAGAAAUGAAUAGCGGCAAGGUGUAGCUUACAUAGAAAACACGACUUUCAAUAAGUGAUGAUUCA